UAAAAUAUCACAAAGAGUAUCUUUAUGGAUCGUGAGAUUUUUAUAGAGCUGAUAAAUUUUUUCUCUGGAUGAAAAAUUUCAUUAAUUAGUAUGUAUAAAGAAAUAUUGCUUCACAAAUGUGUGGUUGUAUGUGUUGUAUAUUUUUAUAUAUGCAUAUUUUUGUAUAUUAUCCUUACCGGAUUUUAGUUCUAUAUUUCUUCAGUUUUAAAAAGUUGCUAACCUUUUUGGAGGAGGGCAUAGAAAACCUGGAAUUGCAAUCUGAACAAUGUUUUGAUGGUGAAAUUCCUAUGACUACAUGUUACAAGGAUGACGAAGUUUCUUGCAUUAUCAAAGAUAUGAUGGAUUCAUCUGUUGGAUUGACUAGUUCAAUAGCCCUAAAAAGGUACAGGGCCAUUGGAGAACUGCUUUAUCGUAAUGCUUGUGAGUUGUAUUCGAAAAUUAGUUCUUUUGAGGCUAAUAUUCGAAGACAUUACUUUCAUGUUCGGCCUCUUGAUGCAAAUCAAUUGCAGAAUUGGCAUAAUUAUCUGGAUUUUAUUGAACUUCAAGGGGACUUUGACUGGGCUGUGAAACUUUAUGAGAGAUGCUUGAUUGUUUGUGCCAACUAUCCUGAAUACUGGAUGCGUUAUGUGGACUUCAUGGAAACCAAGGGAGGAAGAGAAGUUGCAAACUAUUCUUUAGACCGAGCAACUGAAAUUUAUUUGAAGAGAGUGCCUGCAAUCCAUUUGUUCAAUGCCAGGUAUAAGGAACAAAUAGGAGAUGUUUUAGCUGCUCGAGCUGCAUAUAUUCAGAGUGGUAAAGAGAGAGAUUCAGACUUUGUGGAGAAUGUUAUAUCAAAAGCUAAUAUGGAAAAACGUUUGGGAAAUACAGAAUCAGCUUUCAGUAUAUACAAAGAAGCACUAAAAAUGGCAUCAGCUGAGGGAAAGUUACAUGCCCUCCCUCUUUUAUAUGUUCAUUUCUCUCGGCUAAAAUAUAUGAGCACAGACAGUGUGGAUGCUGCCAGAGAUGUAUUGAUUGAUGGUGUCAGAACUUUGCCUCAAAACAAAUUGCUUCUGGAGGAGUUGAUAAAGUUCUCAAUGAUGCAUGGGGGGACAAAGCACAUGGCUGUAAUAGAUUCAAUUAUUGCGGAUACAAUAUCUCCAAGGUCAGAUGGAUCUCAAGGUUUGAAUGCAGAAGAUGCAGAGGAUAUAUCAAACUUAUACCUAGAGUUUGUGGACUAUUGUGGAACCAUACAUGAUAUAAGGAAGGCGUGGAAUCGGCACAUAAAAUUAUUUCCAGUCUCUGCCCGGGAAGAUUUACACAAGCAAUCUGCUAUAAGUAGAAGAUUGCUCAAUUUGAUGGACAAGAAGAGAGAAGAGAUUUCUGUUGUCAUGCCUAAUCAAGCAUCUAGAGAUUCUAGUUCUGAUUCGCUGAAAAAAGACAAUGAUGGAUUAUUGAUGGUUAAAAAUCAUAAUACUCAGUCUAAUGAUACAGAUAUAUACAAACUUCAAAUUAUGGAAUUAGAUGACAAAAUACAAGAAAAUGGAACAAAAUUACCUCUGCCAGUUUCUGAAGAGCUGAGAGACAAUGAUCCUGAAACUAAUGUGUCAUCUGCCAAUUUAGUGGAUGGGAAAGAGGGAUCAACAGAAGCUGUUAAGAAUUUAAAAAGUAGUUGUUUUGAAUCUGAUAUUUCAUCAGAGGAGUUAUUACGUCAAACAUCCUGUGGAAACCAUUCCUCACGUUUGCAAACACCCUCAAUUGAAAACACGGCUUUUCCUAAAGGGAAGUGUGAGCUUGAGCCUGAAGAAUUGAAGCCACUUUCUUCACCAAGCAUAUCAUUGAACCCCCACGAAAGCUCGUGUCCUGACUCACGACGAAUGGUGUCUCAGGAGGAGUGUGAUGCAAAUCCAGAAAGCUGCAAGUCAAAUAGUAGAGCAGUUGUUUCUGGUCAUACCACAAAUCAAGACAACUCUGCAAGCACUCAAGAUUCUGAGUCUGCCCAAAUCCACAUUGAAAUAAGCAGUCCAUAUACAACACGCCAUCGAGACCCAAGAGCAAGAAAACCACUUCUACCACCUCGGUCUUCUGGAAAUAGUGGUGGAAGCUGGCAUAAAACGAGAAAUGCUGGACAAUUUCGUAGGGGUCCCAAAUUUGGCUACAGGGGAAAUACGCAUAGAAAACAGCACCAACGGCAACAACUGUCUCCACAGCAGAUUCAUCCACCUGAAGGGGUUGCACAAAUGGCUGUAGCUCAAGGUUACUCCUCUCAAUCUGUAUUGCAAAUUCAGCAAAGCAAUCAAGGACAAAACCAGUUUCAAUCUGCUUCUACUCCGACUGAUUUCAUGGCAACUGAUUGUUGGCCUAUGCAAAAUAUGCAGAUACAGAACACUUCAUCUCAGUCUCAAACACCUGCCAAUACCACAUCACAUGAAUUACAACAAGCAACGCAAGGCAAUGGACAAUAUGGAUAUAUGCAGAAUGGCCAAGAAUAUAAUCAGUUAUGGCAAUACUAUUACUAUCACCAGCAGCAGCAGCAGCUGCAACAACAACAUCAUUAUAUUCAAUUACAGCAGCAAUCAUUCCAGCAGGAACAGUCACAACAACUCCAACAUAGUCAGCUGGAACCUCUUCAACCACAACAGCUGCAACAACAGGUUAUGCAGCAGCAGCAAUACUUUCAACAGCAGCAACCUCUGCAGCAAGAACACUCUGUUCACCAGCAGCAGCAGCCAUCAACACAGAGCAGCAGUCAUCCUAUAGCAGACCAAGGGCAGGCAAUCGUGACAUCGCAGAGCCAUGGAGGAAUAUUAUCUCAGCAAUCAGACAAACUUGGGUCGGUUUCUUCUCCAGUUGUGCAUCAUCCUCAGGAGAAAUCUACCCAAGAGUGACAUUUCUUUGUAGAUUUGACAGAACUUCAAUUGUAAAAUUAAGAAUAUACACUGCAA